CGUAGAUCCAAACAAAUCUAUCCCUGAGAUGAAAUCUGUCAGCCAAUGUUUUCUGAUGCUCUUACAGUGGAUACAUUUUCUGAAAUAUGCUCUAAUAAGACUUUGGGGAGCUUUUCAGGAAGUCAAUGGCUGGAAAGCCUCCACAGAAACGGGUAGAGCAUCACAUCAACCAGACUCGGAGGAGUGGAAAACCAAUGAGGCGUUCCGCACAUAUCACCAUGGAGCUGGAGGUGAAACCAAGGUUACAGUCCAAACCAGCACCCAUGCAUUCUAUGUGGACCUCCAGAGACUUUCAGCAAGCAGUGAGUACUUCAGAGCUUUGUCCCAGUCCAGAAUGAGAGAAACCUCAGAGAGUGUCAUCCAUCUUGAACAUGUGCCCUCCUCCAUAUUCUACAACUUCCUGGAGUUCUCCUUUCAUAAUAAGUUUAAAGUUGCACCUGAGGAGCUGGGAACACACAUUCAAGUCAGCAGUUACCUCCUGGCUGAGGCCUUCCUCUCCAAGUGCUUGUCAGUCCUGGCAAAUGAACUAAAUCCAGAAAACUGUUUGUCCUACCUGAGUCUUGUUCAAGAGAUCUGCUGUCCAGAGCUGAAGCUGACUGUCCUCACCUACCUGAGUAGAAAUCUGCUGGAGCUGCCCCACAUUGUCAGGUGUCUAAACUAUGAGGAGAAGGAGGAACUCAUCCGUCUGAGGACACAAGGUGACCAACAUCUCUGCAGCCUCAGGAAAGAAAACCUGACCACUUGGAAUGAUCCAGAAACAGAACAUGCCCGACAUAUCUUUGUUAUGAAAGAUUUGGAGGACACUGGGGAUUGGUGUCCAGUCACAGAGCUUCCUUUCAGGGCUGAUAAGUGGUGUUUUACUACAGUGGUCCUGUAUAACUACCUGUACAUCAUAGGAGGCUACCGACAGCGAGUAAAGAGAGGCUGGGAGUUCAAAAUGGCUUCCUUUAGGUAUAAUCCUUUCACUCAAACCUGGAUCACCACAGCCCCUUUGAUUAAGCACAGAAGACAUUUCAGUGCAGUGGCCUGUGAAGGUUGUAUUUACGCUGUGGGAGGCUGGUAUUUGGACUCGCUGGUGACCCCAGACUCCAGCACAGCUCUGUAUACAGCUGUAGAAUGUUACAAUCCAUGGGAGGACACGUGGAGGUUUGUUUCUUCACUGCCGCUCACUGACUUCCAGUUCACUGUGUCGUUGUCCCAUGAUGUCCCUCUUGCUACCAGUUUUGGACAAUGUCUUUAUGUGUUGGGGAGCAUCCAGAGGACUGGAGAGAAACUGCUGCUGCAAUACGACACAAAGCAAGACUCGUGGACUGAACUACUCCCGACUCUUACCAGAGCAGAUGCAGACCUCCCCACUCUUUACUUUCUCGGUGCUACUGACCGUCUGUUUGUGAUCGGUGGAAACAACUCAGACAACGUGGUGACAUCAUUUUGUCUGCAGUCACAGAAAUGGGAGCAGGUGCGCAGGGCUGACAAGGUGGCAUUUGCAGGGCAGGGGACAGUUGCAGAUGACUACGUCUUGAUGCCAAGUAUUGAGCACAACACUAUUGCAAAGAUGGAUCUCCAAACUCUCUCCUUGCAAACCCUUCCUCCUUUAUCCAUUUCCACCCGCUAUGAAGCUGUCUUUUACCUUUUCUUUUAACCCAUAAAGACCCAGUGCUACUUUUAUAUCAGUUCCCAAAUGACAUUUUCUCUAUAUCUAACCUUUCAUAAGUGA